AUGAGUAAAGAUAAGGGCAAGAACCUGGCAAAAAGCAGGACAAAAGCGACCACAAAGGUCAAAAAGGUCACCAAGGGCAAAAAUAAUAAUGACAAUAGUCAUGAAAACAGCGUGACACCUCAUGGACAAAUAUCACCACAUUACUUACAGGCUUACUUGAAUAGUGCGAACUUGACCAUGGGCACAAACUUUUUAAAUGUGCCAAUGGGUACAGCGCAAGUACCUCCACCUUUUAUUCAGCAUGGUAAUACUGAAAUGAUUAAGACGGCAUCUAUUCCUCCCAGUGGACCAAAUGCAUCAGCAUAUAGUAUUGAAGCUUCUGUAAAUCCGCAUGCACAAUCAGUACCACCGAAUUACUUCAUGCCUCCUCAAUUUGCACAUAGUACACAACCAAUAAUAAAACAUGAAGACGGUUUGGAUGCGCAGAUUAUGUCUAACACAAGUAUUGAUAAAUCUGAAACACAAAGUCAGACUGGCACUCCAAAUGACUUAGAAGUCUCUUUCCCCAGCAUUAGCAGUGGAAACGCCUCCAUUAGCGGUAAAGAUAAAUUUAAUGAAGAGGGUCUUACAGAAGACGAAAUAAAAGCCAGGAAAAAGGCUCAGAAUAGAGCAGCACAAAAGGCUUUUAGAGAGAGGAAAGAAGCCAGACUUAAAGAGCUUGAAAAUAAGUUAUCUGACAUAGAGAAAAAUAGAGAUUUACUUGUUAACGAACUAGAAGAUUUAAGGAGAUUGAACAUGGAAAUAAAUGAAGAGAAUAGAAUACUUCUUAGAAAAGGCGAUACUGUGUAUAAACUAGAGCCUAAUGAAGUUGCUGAAAAUGGUAAAUUUUCGUUUCCAUCAGAAGACGAAUUUUUUGCACAGGUUGUGCUUGGUAAAUAUAAUGCAGAAGGUGCUAAGCAUUCUAAUGAUUUUGAGGAUGAUGCUAAUAAAUUGUUGACUGUUCCUAAAACUUGGAGCUAUCUACAUAGACUUUCAGAAGAAAAGAAUUUUGAUGUCUUAUGUCUCAUGGAAAGAUUGAAGGGACGCGAAGUUUCUCACAAAAAUGGGCCUGCCUACUACAAAAACGUAAUAGAUACCCUUGUUGAAGAAGCAUGCCUAGAAAAUUAA